GGUUUGCUGUCAUUCCUGCGAUUUUGCAAAACCGAUUCUUGGGUUUCGGGGUUUGCUGGUUGUUUUGUUGAGCUUUUAGGGUUUAGGGUUUAGGUAUUUUCAUGGAAAAUUCCUUAUUGGCGUCGCGCCCCCUUCACUGCCUUCAUCUACCAACAACAUAUUUCUCUGCCUGUUUCUUUUGCUCUGAGCUCUGAGCUCUAAACUCCCUCUCCUUCUAUCUCUUUCUCUCCGUUCGGCGCCGCUGCCAUCCAAAACCUCCAUUUAAACCCCAACAUUCAGACCUAGAAAUCUUCUCCAUUUCUUUCUCCUCUGCCCCAAAGAUCUAUCACCUCCACUGCAAGGAGGAAUAUGAAUUUCAACAACGUUAAGGUUCCCAAAGUGCCAGGCGGUGGUGCAGUUUCUGCUUUACUUAAGGUGGGAAUAAUUGGUGGGCUUGGCUUGUAUGGAGUUGCCAACAGUAUAUACAAUGUCGAGGGAGGGCAUAGAGCCAUUGUGUUCAACCGUAUAAUUGGUGUCAAAGACAAGGUUUACCCAGAGGGGACACAUCUUAUCAUUCCCUGGUUUGAGAGGCCAGUCAUUUAUGAUGUCCGUGCACGACCUCAUCUGGUGGAGAGUACUUCUGGCAGCCGCGAUCUCCAAAUGGUCAAAAUUGGGCUUCGAGUUCUUACUCGUCCUGUACCAGACCAGCUUCCUACAGUUUAUCGUACUCUUGGUGAGAAUUAUAAUGAGAGAGUCCUUCCUUCUAUUGUUCAUGAAACUUUGAAAGCUGUUGUUGCACAGUAUAAUGCCAGCCAGCUCAUUACUCAGAGAGAGACUGUUAGUAGGGAAAUACGAAAGAUUUUGACUGAAAGGGCAGCCAAUUUCAACAUUGCGCUGGAUGAUGUGUCAAUCACCACCCUCACUUUUGGGAAGGAGUUCACUGCUGCAAUUGAGGCGAAACAAGUGGCUGCACAAGAAGCUGAGAGAGCUAAAUUUGUUGUGGACAAGGCUGAACAAGACAAGAAAAGUGCUAUCAUCAGAGCAGAGGGUGAGGCCACAAGUGCCAAGCUGAUUGGUGAAGCAAUUGCAAACAAUCCGGCAUUUAUUACACUGAGGAAGAUUGAAGCUGCAAGAGAGAUUGCACAUACGAUCUCAAAUUCAUCGAACAAAGUUUACUUGAACUCAGAUGAUCUGUUGUUGAACCUUCAGGAGAUGAAUUUGGACUUCAACCGGAAGAAAUAGGCUCUGCAGGUUGUACCUGUAAUCUUUUCAAUUUUCGAUUGUAAAAUUGUGGAAAUAUUUCCUUUAAAAGUUGAGUAAAUGGACCUUAAAAGUUCAGUCUUUUGACGCACCACCAGUUGGCAUGGCAAGCGGCUCUCUGUGGAGAUAAAUUCUAAACAUUUAAUGGAACUUUUGAGGGUGCAGUUACUCUUAGGUGUUUCACAUGUUGACAUAUGAUGCUCGUAUUCGUCUGUUCCUCAAAUGUUGCGUUUCUCAUGUUGAUUUA